UGAUGAUUACUUUUAUGACAAAAGUAUUCCAAAUUAGGAGCAAUAUGUCCAUUGUCAAUCAAGUUCAUAAAUGUAUUUACCUUAGCCUGCUUGAUUUCUUCUCUUUCAAUCCAAACAUAAAGACACAAAUCACUCCUUCAACCUCAGUUUUCUCUCAUUUCUUUUGCAUUCUUUAGAGUUUGGAGUUCUUCAAUUACAAUGAAACAUAGAAAACUCUUUCCAUCACCAACCACAGCAAAUGAAACUAUGGAUUGCACAAGCUUUUGUGAUCCAGCCUGUCCGAAUAAUUGCUAUGCUUACCCAGAUUACACCUUCCGGCCUCCAUCACCGCCAGCACCAGCAACUCCUCUCUCCGGCCAAGUCAAAGACCAUUUGUCGAUAAUUUUGAUCAUCAUGGUUGUUGUCCUAUCUGGGUUUUUCCUUCUUGUGAGCUACCACAUGGUGAUCUCCAAGUUUUGUUUGGGUUGGAGGAAUAACAGGCUGCGUCGAUUUCAAGCUCAAUCAGUGGGCAGAGAUGAUGAGGAAUUCUUGGAUCAGAAUAGGAUUGAUCAUCACAUAUGGUUCAUCACAACCGCUGGUUUACAACAAUCUGUUAUAAAUUCGAUCACCAUUUGUAGGUACAAGAAGGGGGAAGGAUUGAUAGAAGGGACUGAGUGUUCGAUUUGCUUGAGCGAGUUCAGAGAAGAUGAGAUGCUCAGGUUAUUGCCCAAGUGUAGUCACGCUUUUCAUAUCCGCUGUGUUGAUACUUGGUUAAGGUCUCAUACCAAUUGUCCCUUGUGUCGAGCGAGAAUAAUCGCAGAGUCUGUCGAUUUUGGUUCAGGUUCGAUUGAGCAAAACUUGGACAGUCCAAGCAUAAUUGUGGAUACCCAGAUGGACAUUUCACAAACAGGUGGUGAGCAACAUCCGGAACUUGGUCAAAACUGGGCAGGAACAGAGGAGGGACUAGAAAGACCGCGAAUUGGUAGUGAAAGAACAUUAAAGGAGAAUGUCAACUGGAACAGGAUUGGUAAUUCACUGGUUCCUGAUGAUUAUAAGAUGGUGAAAAAUGAUGUACAGAAAUUGAGAAGAUCUGUUUCAAUGGGUCAUCUGUCAGUUGCUGGUGCAGCUAAUUUUUCUCCGGUUGAAGGUGUGGGAAAUUCAGUUCAGUCACUACCGAAUUCUGGUCAUAAUCGGCAUCGAUUGAGACGAUGGUUGUCCUGUGAUGGGGAUUUCUUAUAUUGAAAUCACCGCAACCCAAACUAAUUUCUGCCCUGUAGAGUGUCACCCAUGUCUGGUUUGGGCUGCCUCCAGGUCUCAAGUUCUGAAGAACUUAAAUAAGGGUCUGCAUAUCGAAGUGGUAUAUGCAGGGCAUCAUUUCCAGAGAUACAAAUUAACCAGAUUGAUUUUAUCGCUGUUGGCAUAUGCAAGUAUGUCCAAAUUUUCUAUUUGAUGCAACUUUUUUUUUUUGGAAACACUUUUUAAGCAUUUAAUGGUCAAAAUGGGUGCAUAAGGACACCCAACAGUUUUACAAGACAUGAAUGAUAUAUCAUAUCCUAUGUUUCACUA